ACCAAUACACGCCCUUCACAUCAUUCAACAACACUUCAGAAAGCUUUGCCUCUGCAACUGCGAUGGAGUGUGAGAAUGGCCAAGUUGCUGCCAACGGCACUGGUUUGUGCAUGGCAACGCCGCGCGCUGACCCGCUCAACUGGGGGAAGGCCGCCGAGGAGCUAGCGGGGAGUCACUUAGAUGAGGUGAAGAGGAUGGUGGCGGAGUACCGCAAGCCUGUGGUGACGAUCGAGGGCGCCAGCUUGAGUAUCGCCAAGGUUGCGGCGGUGGCAGCUGCCGGCGAAGUGAUGGUGGAGCUCGACGAGUCAGCUCGUGAGCGUGUCAAGGCCAGCAGCGACUGGGUCAUGAACAGCAUGAUGAACGGCACCGACAGCUACGGCGUCACCACGGGUUUUGGUGCCACAUCCCACCGGAGGACCAAGGAGGGCGGUGCUCUCCAAAGAGAGCUCAUCAGAUUUCUCAACGCCGGAGCGUUUGGCACCGGCUCCGAUGGCCACGUUCUACCGGCUGCGGCAACACGUGCAGCCAUGCUCGUCCGCAUCAACACUCUCCUCCAAGGAUACUCUGGUAUCCGGUUCGAGAUCCUCGAGGCGGUUGCCAAGUUGCUCAAUGCCAAUGUCACGCCAUGCUUGCCCCUUCGAGGCACGAUCACCGCGUCAGGUGACCUGGUUCCGCUCUCUUAUAUAGCUGGACUUAUCACCGGCCGGGAGAACUCUGUGGCAAUUGCACCAGAUGGCACAAAGGUGAAUGCCGCCGAGGCUUUCAAGCUAGCAGGCAUCCAUGGCGGCUUCUUCGAGUUGCAGCCUAAGGAGGGUCUUGCCAUGGUGAAUGGCACAGCCGUGGGCUCUGGUCUUGCAUCGACCGUGCUUUUCGAGGCAAACAUUCUUGCUCUCCUUGCGGAGGUCAUUUCUGCCGUGUUCUGCGAGGUCAUGACUGGCAAGCCGGAAUUCACUGAUCACCUGACCCACAAGCUGAAGCACCAUCCAGGACAAAUAGAGGCUGCUGCUAUCAUGGAGCAUAUCUUGGAGGGAAGCUCCUACAUGAAGCAAGCAAAGAUACAAGGCGAGCUCGACCCUCUGAUGAAGCCAAAGCAGGACCGGUACGCGCUCCGCACGUCCCCGCAGUGGCUUGGGCCCCAAAUAGAGGUUAUCCGAGCUGCCACCAAGUCAAUUGAGCGCGAGAUCAAUUCCGUCAACGAUAACCCACUCAUUGACGUGUCCCGUGGCAAGGCGAUUCACGGUGGGAACUUUCAAGGUACACCUAUUGGCGUGUCUAUGGAUAACACUCGUCUGGCCACCGCAGCCAUUGGCAAGCUCAUGUUUGCUCAGUUCUCGGAGCUUGUCAACGACCUCUACAAUAAUGGCUUGCCAUCAAACUUAUCCGGGGGGCGCAACCCGAGCUUGGAUUACGGCUUAAAGGGCGCGGAGAUCGCCAUGGCCUCCUACUGCUCCGAGCUGCAGUUCUUGGGCAACCCGGUGACCAACCACGUCCAGAGUGCUGAGCAACACAACCAAGACGUUAACUCUCUUGGUCUCAUCUCCUCCAGGAAGACCGCCGAGGCGAUUGAAAUCCUCAAGCUCAUGUCUUCGACAUUCUUGGUUGCCCUCUGUCAGGCUAUUGACCUGCGCCACAUCGAGGAGAAUGUCAAGAGCGCCGUCAAGGGCUGCGUAAUGACAAUCGCCAAGAAGACCCUGAGUACCAAUUCCACCGGUGGUCUUCACGUCGCUCGCUUCUGCGAGAAAGACCUGCUCCAGGAGAUCGAGCGUGAGGCGGUGUUCGCUUACGCUGAUGACCCCUGCAGCUCCAACUAUCCGCUGAUGAAGAAGCUACGGGGUGUUCUCGUUGAGCGUGCCCUCGCCAAUGGCAUGGCAGAGUUUGAUGCGGAGACCUCCGUGUUCGCAAAGGUUGCCCUGUUUGAGGAGGAGUUGCGCGCGGCGCUGCCCGGGGCAGUUGAGGCUGCACGUGCCUCAGUGGAGAGCGGCACGGCCGCAACACCCAACCGAAUCACUGAGUGCCGCUCGUACCCGCUAUAUCGGUUUGUGCGCGAGGAGCUUGGCACUGUGUUCCUGACCGGCGAGAAGACUCGGUCCCCCGGUGAGGAGCUUAACAAGGUUCUCGUAGCCAUGGACCAAGGAAAGCACAUAGACGCAUUGCUUGAGUGCCUCAAGGAGUGGAACGGGGAGCCUCUGCCCAUCUGCUAAACUUGGAGUAUACAAGGAGAAGAGGUGAAGAUGGUGUAUAAUGAAGAGAAGAUGCUUUGUGGGACCCUAUUUUUUCUUUCAUAUGCGAACGCAUAAAUUUCUUUGUUGUUACUUUUAUCGCAGCAAUACGUUUGCAUAUAUCCUGGUACGAGAAGAUAAUGCAAGUUGUAUGUUCACAAA